UCUCCCAGGUAGUAUAAAGACAAGCUGUCCCAGCCAUCACCUUGUGACUCUCACUCUCAAUGCCACCAUGCUGGCCUCAGGGCUGCUUCUGGUGGCUUUGCUGUCCUGCCUGACAAUAAUGGUCUUGAUGUCUGUCUGGCGGCAAAGGAAGUUCUGGGGAAAGCUACCUCCUGGUCCCCGAGCGCUGCCCUUCAUCGGGAACUACUUGCAGCUGAACACAGAGCAGAUGUACAACUCCCUCAUGAAGAUCAGCGAGUGCUAUGGUCCCGUGUUCACCAUCCACCUGGGCACUCGGAGGAUCGUGGUGCUGUGUGGACAUGAGGCUGUAAAGGAGGCUCUGGUGGACCAGGCUGAGGAAUUCAGUGGGCGAGGCGAGCAGGCCACCUUUGACUGGCUCUUCAAAGGCUAUGGUGAGGGGGACUCUGGGAGGGGGAAUGUGGUCAAGCAGACUUGAAGGCCUCAGUGUCCCAGCAUUCUUCUCCCAACUCACCACCCACUCAAGGCUGAGGCAGAGCCCUUCCUCGGUCUCCUCUGUCCCGUUCUGUUUAUCCCUGUGUCCCCUCUAACUUGUCUUAGUGCCUUUACCGGUGACUCCUUUGCCCCGAGACAGGCCCCACUCCCUUCAGGUGACGUCCACCGACAGCUGUCCUUCCCUUUCCUUCUCCCCCCUCAGCUCUAUGAGAUGUUCUCCUCAGUGAUGAAACACCUGCCGGGGCCACAGCAGCAGGCCUUUAAGGAGCUCCAGGGGCUGGAGGACUUUAUAGCCAAGAAGGUGGAGCAGAACCAACGUACACUGGAUCCCAACUCCCCUCGGGACUUUAUUGACUCCUUCCUCAUCCGCAUGCAGGAGGAGCAAAAGCACCCCAACUCUGAGUUCCACAUGAAGAACCUGGUAAUGACCACGCUGAACCUUUUCUUUGCGGGCACCGAGACGGUCAGCACGACCCUGCGUUAUGGUUUCCUGUUGCUCAUGAAGCACCCAGAUGUGGAGGCCAAGGUCCAUGAGGAGAUUGACCGGGUGAUUGGCAAAAACCGUCAGCCCAAGUUCGAAGACCGGGCCAAGAUGCCCUACACAGAGGCGGUGAUCCAUGAGAUCCAGAGAUUCGGAGACAUGAUCCCCAUGGGUGUGGCCCGAAGAGUCACCAAGGACACCAAGUUUCGGAACUUCCUCCUCCCUAAGGUCACUGAAGUUUUUCCUGUGCUGGGCAUCUAA